CUGCGCGCUACAUUACUGAUGCUGCUUCGACGCUGGCUUUCAGCAAAUCGGACCGCGUGGGAGUGUUGUAGCUUGAUUCAGACACAAAAUUAUGCGGGCUUUUCACGUCGUGAUUGUUCUACGGGGCUCUGCGGAGACGGGAUGGCCCUCCCCGCUGAGCUUUCUUCUAUGCAGUCGAUGAUAACUGACUCUCAGGAGAAAGGCAGCGUCUCAAAGUCAAGGAAAGGUCUCAGAGUCAUGGCUUAGGACUACGCCUUCACCCCUACACCUCCAUUUUUCAAUGCAUACGGGGCUACAUUGUGUACUGGUUAGCCUCAAAGUCCAAAUUGAUCCCAUCCGACGAACGGGCAUGCGUCCGCAUCUUGAUUGCUUAAAUUCCGAGCUUAUAUCUUGCCGCGCCGCCGUGAUCUAAGUUUCUAGAACACCUUAUCUAGAGAUUAU